AAUGGUUUAGGUUAGGGCUUUAGAUGGUGAUUCUCGACGGCAAACUGAUCUCUGGGAUCGGCGACGCGCCGGCGCUGGGCGAGCUGUCGCUUGCUCGCCGGAAGAUUGAUGAGAUUUCGGAUGAGCUGCAUUCCUGCGGCAAUCUCAAGCGCAUUGACCUCUCUGGGAAUCUUCUCACGAGUGUUGAGGCUCUUGCUCCUUUGAAAAAGUUGAAAUGGCUUUCACUCUCUGGGAACAAGCUCACGUCUUUGACGGGUCUAGAGGGCCUGAAAAAUCUUUCAGUUCUCAACUGUAGCAAAAACGAGCUUACAUCAACGGAAAUGCUUGCAAAGCUUAGAGAGCUUCGAGCUCUGAUUCUGAACGAUAAUCAGAUCACUUCUAUCGGAGCCUUUGACGAACUUGUGAACCUCGACACUCUAGUUCUCUCCCAAAACCCCAUCUCCAGCCUUGGGACAUCUUUGACAAGGCUUACAUCACUUAAGAAGCUAUCCCUCUCUCAUUGCGAGAUCAAGGAUUUGGGAAGCUCGAUAAGUAACUGUCUGCUCUUGGAAGAGCUUCGGCUUGCACAUAAUCACUUAAAGAAACUCCCGAAGGAACUGGGGCUAAAUUCUCGUUUGCGGAUUAUUGAUGUGGGACACAACAGUAUUAAAACAUUCAAAUGUAUCAAGGUCUUGAAACAAUUGCAAUCCCUCGCGAACCUGAGCCUGCGAGGAAAUCCUCUCUGCGAUGAGGCUAAUUAUCCUGACGAUGUAAAGAGUCUAGUUCCUGACCUGCAAGUAUUCGAUGGCCGGCCCACAGACAACAAACAGAGGACGAAACACAGGAACAAGUUAAAGCAAACCACCGAGCAGCGCGCAAUACAACAGCAGAAAGAGACAGUUGCUGCAAGUGUCAAAGAUGACAGCCGUGAUGAAUUGACAGAGGCGAGGCCGUUCAUCGAGCUUGUUGCAUCGAGCGCCGACGCUGUUAGCGCUGCUGCUAAAGACAACACGGAGAAACCCCGUGAGAAGAAACGGAAGGAUGGGCCCAAGCAAGAUUCUAAGGUGGUUUCCAUCAUCGAGGGCGGCGGCAGAGAAACACGCAAGAAGCCCAAGAAGCCCAAAGCCGAGCUCACUGCGCCGUCAUCUUUGGCAAAUGCCUUGGAGGCGCCUGACGUUGGUGGCGGUGGUGUGUCGUCCUGGGAUUCAUAGCAGCACAGUGUUUGUUUCUCUUUCAUCUCAAGCAGCAUCAACUAAGAAAAAUGUGACUUUUCAGCAACAAAAACUUGUGAGUUCUUCCUCAACAAGCGCUAACUCUAGUUGACUCU